AUGGAUCAAUCUCGAACGUAUCAAUCGCUUCGCAAAGCCAUGACAAGAUUCACUGCGGACUAUGUCGCUCCCACUGACUUUCAGCCUAUGUUGUUUGGGACGGAGCUGGAGAUCCUGGUGAAGUUCACGAAUGCUCCGAUUUUCGAUGUGCAAAUUCACGAAAGAUACAACCAAGUGGCUGAAUAUCUCAGUCAACAGCUGACCUUGGCCGGCAUACGGCACUACAAGCAUGAGAGCGGCCAGCCCGCCGACUAUACGCAAUGGGCUCUGACAACAGAUGGAAGCAUUCCCCAAGAUCACGCUGGUGGGGUUUUCGGCUUCGAACUCGUAUCACCGAUUCAACAGAACACUCGGUGGCCCGCGUGGUUAGAUAAUUACGAAACGAUGUACCUGAGUCUUCGACAGCAUUUUACCCUCGUUGACGAGAAAUUGUGUGGAACACACGUACACGUAUCCCCUCUGUCGGCUCAUGGGUGGUUUGACCACUUCGAGGCUUUGAAGCGCGUUGCCAAAGCCGUUAUAUAUUUCGAACGCUGUGUGGACUCUCUGAUGCCUCUUAAUCGACUGAAAGUCCACUAUUGUCGGAGCAAUCGCUACAAUCCCAUUUUCCGUGGUCGUAGCAUCCAGUCAGUGCUCGAAAUGAUCGACUCGACUGGAGAUCCGACCGCUCUGGCUCAUCUCAUGUGCUCUGACGGCAACGACGGUUCAAGCCACCGAUACUACAGAUGGAACUUCACUCGUCUUACUGAUGCCUCAGUCGUUGAUCCGAUUGACCCUUCCGAUGCUGCAUACACGAACAGCCCGAAGUGUCAUCAUGCUGAACACCACCAAGAUCCCUAUGCCAACCAGCGGAAAGGAACGAUUGAAUUCCGACAGCCGCCAGGCUCUCUUAGUUUUGCCCAAGCCGAGGAAUGGUCCCAGUUUGCUGUCGGGUUCGUCGUAGGAGCUAUGGCCUGUGUUACUUCCGAUCACGAGAGCGCAGUUGACAUGACACGACCCGCCGACUUGAAUGCCUUGCAGAGGAUAUUGAGGGUAGGGGUCCAGGCAGGACAAGUCGACGUUGGGAACCUGCUAGCGCACAUCUUUGACGAAAAAGCUCAACUUCCCAAUGGACCUUUCGAGAAAACUGAAAUUGAUCCGGCCGAGCUUCCACGCCUCAAGGCCAAACGGCCCGUAGAUGAUGCGAACGAUGAGCGAUUCUUCUUGGCUAGCUUCGAUGGUCUUCUCGAAGAUAUCGACGAUGCAGCAGCGUAA